AUGGCAAGGAAGAAUGCUCAAGAGGCUUACCAAAGGGUCCAGGAGGCUAAGGCGAAGUCCCAAGCUAGGUCUGGUGGUGCCAGCGCGAUCACCUCUCCUCCUUCUCCUCCUCCUCCUUCUAAAAAUACUGGCACUCCCUCUCAACCCCUUGUCCUUUCUUCCUCAAGUUUGUCUCGACCACCCCCUUCUGCCCAAAUUCUCUCUGACCAGAGAAGAAGAAGCACUCCCCUUAGCUCCUUGGGGGCCACCUCAAAAGUUGAGGAGUUGGAGGGAAGGCUUCUUAUUUAUGAAAAACAUGAGAAGGAGUUGAAGGAGGAGAGAGAUAAGUUGAAGAAUGAGAGGGAUCACCUUAAGGAGGAGGAGGGAGAGCCAAAGAAGAAGAAAACCCGUGGAAAAACAACUUGCAAGGAGAUUUAUGCAAGGACUAUGGAACAGCGAGAAGAAAUCACUUUUGAUCUUGGACAGCCCGUAGGACCAACCGACCAAAGUGUUUCUAAUUUAACUAGUUUUGUUGGCACUAUUGGUAGAAAUAAAAGAUUCGUUAGUCUUUUGUACACUAGUUGGCAUGCUGUUCCUCCUAAAGCUAAGAAGUUCAUGUGGGACUAUGUUAACACCAAGUUUCUCCUCCCAGACAGCGGAGAAAAGUGGGUAAUACAAGCGAUUCGAGAUGCUUGGAAGCGGUUCAAAGGAAAGAUCAAGCAAAAGCACUUCAUUCCCUAUGAUAAUAUUGAAGAUAUGGUGAAGAAUCGACCCCCACAAUCAAUAAGUCAAAGGAACAAGCAACACAAGGAAAAUGUGAAAUUUCCACAUCGCAUGGGGCCUAUCAAUUUCGGAAGAGUACGAGUGGCUAUGCGAGCAACAAAGGAAACAAAGGAGGAACCAAAAAGGUUUGAGAUGUUCAUUGCUACCCGAACAAGUCGGAAGAGGAAAGAAGUGGAUGAGGAAACACAAAUGGCUGUUGAAGACUUCCAACACCGCCAAGCUGCUGGUGAAACAGAAGAGGAAGCAUUUGAGGCCUUAUUUGGGAAAGAACAACCAGGUCGGAUAAGGUUGUAUGGAAGAUCCGUGACAAAGACUGAUUUAAAAAAAUAUGUUGAAAUUAAUGAAAUCAAGAAUCAGCACAAAGAGGAAGUAUCCAGUCUGAAGGAUAAACUUGGACACAUGGAGGCCCAACAGCAAAAACAAGAGGCCAAACAGCAAAAACAAGACGAAGAGAUUCAUGGGUUGCGAAAUAUGAUCAAGUUAUUACUGCAGCGAUCGGAACCUGGAAUGAGGCCAGAAGAACUAGAAGCUUUAUUACAAGACGCCCAACAAUCUCCUAUUGAUGCGAAUAGCGGCCAUGGAUCAACACAUUUUCCGAACUUAGAUGUGGAUAACAAUGAAGAUUAA